UGACGUAUUUGACGUUCUAUCGAGUGCGUGUCGGCUUCCAACGGAGUAUUGAGUUCAGUUCGUAGAAGUACUUCUAAAGCUGUUAAAUCUUACGUUUGAAGAAAACUCGAUUAUUGCGACUUCUGCCUGCCGUCCCUCCUCGAGAGGACAUGAGAGCUGCACGUUUGACUGUCAUGGCGGCGUCGAAUCUUGGCGGCCACGCGGCGUCUCCAGAUGACAAAGGGAUUGGAUAACGCAUGGAAUCUGGAGUGGUCAAGCAUGGACCAAAUGUGUGGUAACUACUAAGUUAGAGCGGUUCGGAGUGUCAGUUAUGCGCUGGAGUCUUCAAAAAACAUGUAUGUUUGAUGGUGUGCUAGUUUGAUGAGAUUGGAAUAGGGCAAGAAGAAUUAUUCUCACGAAGUUUCAGAUCUUGUGAAGGGUUUUUGCUUUCCGUCGUUUCAGCCAUUUCCGUGGUAGUUCAAUUUCAAGAAAGGUUUCCCUCCUGAUGCUUUCUGACCGCUUUAAAGUACACGCAGAAAAUCGGAAAAGAACCGUUUCCCACGAUAGAGGAUGAAGUCCCGAAUUCCUGAAGUUUCCUAGCCUUUUGUUUUCUUGUUCCAGUUUCGACUUGGUCAACUUUUCUUCCAAGAACGAAGUUCUCCAAAUGUUGUUUUUCGUCUUGUUCAAUGUAAACUCGAGCUUUUUUGGUAUUCUCUCACGUUAUGAUCUUCAAUUUUUUGCACAUUUUGGUUAUUCUUUCCAUACUAUGUACCCAAAUGAUUUAAGUCUGUGCUAGUUCACAACGGUUAAUGUGACAUUUAUAAGAUAUGCGGCUGGCAAGGAAUGGAUAAGAAGUUCAGCGGGUGGGUUGGAUUUCAACUGAUUAUUUGCUUUCUAAGAAUUUGUUUAAAAUUUUCAGUUGUUGAAAUGAGAUUUUAUUUUGUUCCAAUGGAUGGUUUAGUAAUGUGUUAAAAUGAGUAGAAAAUGACUCUGAGGUCUAUCUGAAGAAUUGUUUUUCAUUGAUGAAGAAGUGACACCCAAGCAGAUUUCAGUCAUUGCAGUAUGUGAUAUUAUUUGGCGACAAACUGCAGUUGAAUUCUACACUUGACACAAGUUGAAACCAACAAACAGGGGGUGUUUGAAUUUGGAUGAAACUUGUCAUAGUGAAUUUCCAAAUCUCUAUUAUUUCAGUUGAAAGGGAAUCUAGUUGUAGAUGCUACCUCUGUUUCUGUGUUUCAUCUCAUUGCUCUCUGUUUUAGUUAAUUAAGCCCUUGAGGCUUCGUAAAUUGUUGCUGAAGGACUAUAUAUUUGUAAAGUAAUUCUUUUUUUAGAUUUGUGAGUUUGAAAAGCAAUUAUUAGCUCAGAAAUGCUUUGGUGGUUGCACAGAUAUGGUUUGGCAGAGUGUUGAUUGAUUAAAUUUGAGCUUUCCCAGAAAAAUGCAUUCAGCUUUUUCUAAUCUGUAAGACUUCUAAGCAAGUAUUCUUUUAUUAUGAAAACAAGGCAAAUAUGCUUUUAUCUUGGAAAUGAAGUGUUCAAACAGAAAUUGAAUUUUACUGCUUUUGAAUAAAGAUUUUCAAAUUUCUUGUCUGUAAUUUCUUUGACUUUGUUUCCACAUUUUUCCUUUUCUAUUGUUUCAUUUUUCAAUUUUCUUCUUUUCAGAUUUUUUUAUAACAUUUCACAAUUCUGUUGCAGGUGAACAUGGCUAGAUUUUACUGUUUGAGUUUUUCCUCACAUUUUGAAUUUGAAUUCAACUCUGACAAUUUAUUUUCAAUUUAGUGAAAAUUAAAAAUAGUUGCAAUUGCUAUUUCAAUGGGAUGGCUUUGUUAUUUACUGUUUCGGGUACAGAAAUUUUAAAGCCUUUUUUUUCUUCACUAACUUCUUGCCUUGGAGAGUAUUUAAAGUUUUGUUAUGUUACACUAAUGAAACUUUGUGUACUCCCUUGUAGGCUUGCCAAACCAUGGCUACUGAAGGCUGGGAAAAUAAUCCUGAUUUAAAGAAGCUUUACAUUGGAAAGCUUAAGCUCGAGUCAACGGAGGAAAGUCUGAAAAAUCACUUUGGAAAAUAUGGAACUGUUACUGAAGUCAAGAUAGGCCUAGACAAAGAUCACAACCCCAGGGGGUUUGCCUUUGUGUCAAUGUCUGAUCAAGCUGCAGUGGAUCAAAUCUUAGAAGAUAAACCACAAGUUGUUGAUGGCCAGACUGUUUACCCAAGAAGGGCAAUUCCAAGAGAUGAUCCAAACCCAUUAGCGCAGUUGAAAACAAAGAAGCUUUUCAUAGGUGGGCUCAAUGAAGAGGCCAGUGAAGAGGAUAUCAAGAAUGUCCUGGCCAUAUUCACACCCCAUCAACCAGAGAAAAUCAAACUGAUGUUUGACAGAAACACCAACAAAUUCAAGGGCUAUGCAUUUGCCUGGUUCCACAACGAACACAUAGUGGACAAGCUAUUUAUUGUCAGGAACUGCACAAUCAAAGACAAAAAAGUUGAGCUCAAGAAGGCUGAGGAAAAUAGUGGACAGGGGGGAGGUGCUCAAGGUGGAGGUGGUGGGUUUCGUGGUGGUCGUGGUGGAGGUGGAUUCAGAGGAAGAGGGCGGGGAGGAGGAGGAGGUGGUGGCGGUGGUGGUGGUGGUGGUGCAGGUUAUAAUGGUGCUUACUCGCAGCCUGCCUAUGGUGGUUAUGAGGGUUAUGAUUAUAGCGGUGAUUACUCUGGGUAUGGUGGUUAUGGUUACGAUGGUGGUUAUGGGGGUACUUAUGCUGGUACUUAUGGAGGUGGUUACGGUGGAGGUUAUCACAACAUGGGAGAGUACAGUUCUGAGGCGUCAUCAUAUGGUCCAAACAGGCGUGGUGGACAGGGGCGUGGACGUGGAGGAGGGGGUGGUGGUGCCGGCGGUGGUGGUGGAUAUCGUCCUUACUAAACCAAAGAAAACUGAACACAAAUUGACAUUUUGUGUUAUUGAACAUUGUACAUGGAAACUAGUUUAUUGAUUUAAAAUCUUUUGCACCUCUGGAAUUGCACAUUUGCAAAGGAAUAAGCUUGUAUCAUUUGUUUGCUGCCCAAUUGUGAACGGCAAAAGAAUACUUUUGAACUUUUACUGUAGGUUGUCCAUAGCAAAGUAAUAUAGGUAUUUCAAUAACAGCAGUUACCCUGCUGUGUGAUUUAAACUGAAAUGCUAACUCAGUGAAAAAUUUUGCCAUCCUUUUACAUCUAACCAGAAAGACGGUACAAAGUAUUUUUGACUUGUGCAGGUCCAGAAGAAUGGCAUUCACAAAACAAAACAUCAUUAUUUCCUGAGGUACUUGAAUGUGUAUUUAAGUUCAAGAGAAUCAGCAUUUUUCACUUAAGGAUCAAAGCAGACUUCUUUUAGUUGAAUAUGUAUUCAUUGAAUUUUUAACCUUUCUAUUAAAGACUGUAUGUUGGCAGA